AUGUCACUAUCCCUCUCUGUUCCAUUCCUAUCCCCUCCCCUGUCCCCAGCAGCUCCCUGCUGCAGGGCAACAAGGCUGGCAGCUGCCACCACCCCCGUGGUGCCGGUUUCUGCGGAGGUGGAGGCGGCGAGGCUGGAACCUAGAGUGGAGGAGAGAGAUGGGUACUGGGUUUUGAAGGAGAAGUUUAGAGGAGGGAUUAAUGUUCAGGAGAAGAUGAAGAUUGAGAGGGAGCCUAUGAAGCUUUUCAUGGAAGGUGGGAUUGAAGAAGUUGCCAAGAUCUCUUUUGAGGAACUUGACAAGGCUAAGGAUACCAGGGAUGAUAUCGAUGUCAGGCUCAAGUGGCUUGGGCUUUUCCACAGGAGAAAGCACCAUUAUGGUAGAUUUAUGAUGAGAUUGAAGCUACCAAAUGGUGUCACAACAAGUGCACAAACGAGAUAUCUUGCCAGUGUGAUAAGAAAAUAUGGCAAGGAUGGCUGUGCGGAUGUCACAACAAGGCAAAAUUGGCAAAUCCGCGGAGUAGUACUGCCUGAUGUGCCGGAAAUUUUGAAAGGUCUUGCUGAAGUUGGAUUGACGAGUCUGCAGAGUGGCAUGGACAAUGUGAGAAAUCCAGUUGGAAAUCCUCUUGCAGGCAUUGACCCACUUGAGAUUGUCGAUACAAGACCUUACACAAACUUGUUGUCUCAAUAUAUCACUGGGAAUUCACUUGGAAAUCCAAAUGUCACAAACUUGCCAAGAAAGUGGAAUGUGGCUGUGGUGGGCACUCAUGACCUUUUCGAGCAUCCCCACAUCAACGAUCUUGCUUACAUGCCUGCAACAAAGGAUGGCAGGUUCGGAUUCAAUUUGCUCGUUGGAGGAUUCUUCAGUCCCAAGCGAUGCACAGAGGCGGUCCCUCUGGAUGCCUGGGUCUCCGCGGAUGAUGUGAUCCCAGUUUGCAAAGCAAUACUAGAGGCCUAUAGAGACCUUGGCUUCAGAGGGAACCGACAAAAAACAAGAAUGAUGUGGUUGAUUGAUGAACUAGGCAUAGAAGGAUUUAGAUCAGAGGUUGUGAAGAGAAUGCCUUUCGAAGACCUGGAGAGAGCGGCUUCUGAAGAUCUGGUUAAGAAGCAAUGGGAAAGGAGAGAUUAUAUGGGUGUCCAUCCGCAGAAACAAGAAGGUUUAAGCUAUGUGGGACUUCACAUUCCUGUAGGCCGGCUCCAAGCAGAUGACAUGGAUGAGCUAGCUCGUUUAGCCGAUGAGUAUGGCACAGGGGAACUCCGGCUCACUGUGGAGCAAAACAUAAUCCUCCCGAAUGUAGAGAAUUCAAGAAUUGAAGCAUUACUUAAAGAGCCUCUUUUGCAAAAUACGUAUUCCCCCAAACCUUCAAUUCUCAUGAGAGGAUUGGUGGCCUGCACUGGUAACCAGUUCUGUGGGCAAGCAAUCAUCGAGACAAAAGCAAGGGCCUUGAAGGUGACUGAGGAGGUGGAAAGGCAUGUGGCAGUGACUCGACCGGUGAGGAUGCAUUGGACAGGGUGUCCGAAUACCUGUGCACAGGUGCAAGUGGCGGAUAUUGGUUUCAUGGGGUGCAUGGCAAGGGAUGAGAAUGGGAAGCCUUGUGAAGGGGCUGAUGUUUUCUUGGGAGGAAGAAUAGGGAGUGACUCACAUUUGGGAGAUGUUUAUAAGAAGAGUGUCCCUUGCAAGGACUUGGUGCCCCUGGUUGUUGACCUCUUGAUAAGCCACUUUGGAGCUGUCCCUAGGGAGAGGGAAGAAGGGGAAGAUUAA